AUCAGUUGUUCAAGUUAUCUUUUAAAACUGUAUGAAAAUCACUGUUGGAUUAUCAGUUUGUUAGGAGUUGGGUGUUUAAAAAGAACUAAAUAUUUAGGUGCAAGGAAUUCUGAAUGUGAAAUACCUGUUAAUGAAAUUGGCUUUUUAUGGGAUGGCAUUUGUUUUGGAGCACUGUUGCUUCAAAAAUUAUUUUUUAAAAGUUACUAUUUUGAGCAUGUUGUAAAUGAAAUAAGAGCACAACACAUCCUUGCUUCAAGAGGUGCUGAACUUUUAUAUGAAAUCCAUAUGAAAGAAGUUCAGGAACAAAAGAGAGCUGAAAAAGAAACAAUGAAAAAAAUAAAACUUAAGUUGGAUCGAAUUCGAGCUCAUCAAAAAAAAAGAAAAUAUAACAAAGUUUCAGAGACUCACUAUAGAGUAAUACGUUCUGGAGAUUUUGAUACAAUUGAAGAAUAUUUUGAAGAUACUAUUGAAUUUGAAAAUAAAAAUAGAGAUGAAUCAGUGGAUAGAGAAGAAAUAAAAAAACCUGUUGAAAAUCAAAAACAUGGAUUUAUUUUUAACCUGCUUAUAACGUCAUCCAUGGGACCGGCAGUUUUUUGAUGUUAUAACUGAGUGUCGUUAUCUGCGGGGUCAUAAUUUCAGUCCCACAAAAGUAUCAAGUCUGUUUAAGAAUCUAUUAUAAAAUUCAUCUAAUUUAAUAUCGUAUGUAUAAAAGUGCAAACUAAAUAUUUAAAUCAACUUUAUUUACAUUAUUAUGUCUAAAUUUACAACGAUGUAAUUAAAAAUUUCAAAAAUUAUUUUUUAUAAGAAAUUUUUAUUUGUCAAGUUUCGAUAAUGGCGGCACUUUCGGUUUUAACGCCUGGAUGAUAAUUUUCUCGUUUCUUGCUUAUCUAUCAAUGGACAUGAAGUCCAAUAUAUUUCACUUUUAGGUUAAAUUAAUGUAUAUCAAUUAAAAAAAAACAAUAAAAAUAUUCACUUAAAAAAAGUCAGUUAUUUUAGAUUGUAAACUACAACACGAGUAUGAGAGCUAUGCAGACUAACCCACUGUCACGUCGUUUAAAGGGGUGGCGCAUCUCACCCCACCGAAUCAGGUGGUGACAGUACCACCCACAAUCGUUCUAGGAAGGGACUCUGACUGAACACGUAGUAUUUUCUUUGAUAAAUAAAAUUUAUAAUUUAAUUUUGUAAAUUUAAGAGUGCUUCAAAUAUGACGUUAAAACAGGGUUUUAU